GACCUCGAGGCUGAAGACUCCGGCGCGAUGUUCCAGCCUGGGGACAUGGCAGCUCAGGACCAUGACGGCGCGCACCCGCCGCGGCUCCCUUCCUGGCCUGGGCUUCUGGUGGCCACGGGGUCAGGACUCGUAGGACCCAGUGUGACUCAGGAGGGACAGGAGCAGAUUCUGGAACCAGACGAGAGAUCUGCAGAGCCCAAGGAGGGCGCCCAGCCUGCAUCGCCUCCCCUGUACCUGAGAAGCAAGACUGCACCCCCAGCCCUGUGCCCAGCCCUCCUGGGGGCUCCAGGAGUAAAGACGUGUUGCCUUU